AUGAUAAAAAAUUCAAAUAUAGAAACAAAUAAUAGUAGAUUGGACGAACCUAAAUUUGACGAUAGUGAUAACAAUAAAGUAGAGAUUGGUAAAUUAGCAUCAUGGUCUGUAUCAUCUGCGAAACCAGGUUCAGGUGUUGAACAACUACGUGAUAACAAUGCAGAAACUUAUUGGCAAUCAGAUGCACAACAACCACAUAAUAUAACAAUUCAAUUCCCUAAAAAAUGUUUUAUAGAAAAUAUCCUAUUGUAUUGUAAUUAUAAAUUGGAUGAAAGUUAUACACCACAAAAAAUUUCAAUAAAGGCAGGGACAUUACUACACGAUUUACAAGAAAUAAUUACAACUGAACUUGAAGAGCCAAUAGGUUGGAUUAAUAUUCCUUUGUGUUUAAGUAACGGAGGUCCACUUAAAGCCAACUUAUUACAGAUUUCAAUUUUAUCAAAUUUGAAAAAUGGUAGAGAUACUCAUAUAAGACAGAUUAAAGUAUACGGAAAAAAAAUAUCUAUUGAAAAUUUUACUCAAUACCCAAAAUUCAAAUCAUCAGAAUCAUCUUAUUUUGAAACAAUUAGAUAA